GGAAAGCGGUUUCUUAUUGGUGUAAUUUCCACAUGACCAUGCGGGCCCGCCCCUUUCUCCCACGUGGGCCAGGGGCGGGGCCGGACAAGUAAGCGGACGCUGUCGCCCAGCGGCGGGCAGCCGGCGGAGGCGCGCGUACUUGCUCUCCUAUAAUUCUAACCUCUGAGACUACCUUCAAGUUUUAUGCUUAAGGGGGGAAGCAGCACAUUUCCUGCUGCUGUCAGGAAUUGUAACCACCUACCAAAGAGCAAACUAGUGCAACUCCUUUUGACUUUGGCAGAGUCGCAUUUGUAUGUGAAGACUGAAUCUGACCUCUGUUUUUAAGACAAUACCAACAGGACAGUCUUUUCAGCUAAUCUUGGAAUUGUUGACAUACUUCCAUUUCCAGUUUGUUUAUAAAAUAGUUACAUGGAAUUUAAAAUUGAACACACAUGGGACAGUUUACCAGUGAGUCAUGAGCCAGUAACUGUCCGGCUGAAGUCCAGCAGUGCAGGAUUGCUGAUGGAAGUAAGUGCUCCCUUCUUUAAUGAUCCUCCAGCACCACUUGUAGAGCCAGGAAAGCCUUUCAAUGGACUGUGGGACUAUGAGGUUGUAGAAGCAUUUUUCUUGAGUGAGACAACUAAGCGGUACUUAGAAGUUGAACUCUGUCCCCAUGGACAACAUUUAUUGCUGUUGCUUUCUGGCAGAAGAAGAGUAUGGAAACAAGAACUUGCUUUAACAUAUGAAGUGUCCAGAACAGAGACCAAAUGGGAAGGCAGAGCUCAUCUUCCUUGGAGAUAUUUUCCACCAUGCACUGACAAGUUUAAUGCAUUUGCAAUUCAUGGGUCAGAAGCAAAUAGAAUUUAUGAAGCACUUUACCCUGUGCCUCAGCAUGAAAUACAGAAAGGACAGAAACCUGAUUUCCAUCACUUGGAAUUUUUCCAACAACUUAACCUGAAGGUGUUAAUGGGAGAAGAUUGGAAACAGCCUGAAUCAGAUCUGUGGAUGUCAGUUGAUUAGAUAAAUGAAUUAAAAAAAUUAUAUAUUUUAUAUGAUUCAGGGUGGAUGAAGCUGUAAGAACCAACCUCUUCAGCUAAACUAUGAUAAGAGUUUUAGUAUGCAUUUAUAAAUGUCGUAAAAAAAAAUGUGUUUGAAGGCCUUUUUAAGCACCAAAAAAAGUCAGUCUUUUAAAAAGUCAGUUAUCCACAGCAGUUGCAUCUAAAAAUCAUGGGUCAUUGGUAGAGGCUCCUUUUGUAUUACCUCAUCAAGACACGGAUGUGUAACUCGUCUGUUCAUGUAAGAUGGUGGUGAGCCCAUUUAAGUCAUCCAGUUCAUGCCCUUGGGCCUGCUAGUGCAGGGAAAAAGAUACUCUGACUAGAGUUGUACAUUCAGGUUAUAGUUAUUCAGGUUACAGUUCUUGGAAAAAUCCAGUGUUUGAGCUGGGAUAUUCAGGUUAUAGAGUAUAAUCUGAGUGUUUCUCCCUUACAUUGAAAGAUCACCAAAUAUUUAGAGAUUUUUCACUGCUACAUGUUUUUCAUAACUGUUGCCAUUGUGAUUCUUGUUACCACUGGUAAUUGAUAAAUCUGUCCUAUUAACUGAAUCUUGAGCUUUUUCAUAGUAUUUAUGUAACAUUGCGCUCAGCUACAUUACCUGAUUUGUAAAUUAUGCAAUGCUGAUUCUACAAUGGGGUUUGUUGUAUUGUAUUUAACAACAUUAUUUACAUAACAGCAUUGCACAAUUAAUAAGGUAACCAAAACAGAAUAAUUAUUCUUUCCUCAGUGUCUUGUUUUGGGGGAUGUAUAGAAUUCCUUUAUGUAUACAUUUUUUUUUUUUUUUUAAAAGAGUGUAGGUUCUUUGGGAUAUGACCCCAUGCUCUCUUGUGUUUGGGCAGUACCUAGCACAUGGUGGAGUUCCACCAAUAACAAGUAAUAAAUAACUGAACAUAUACUAUACAUAUGGAGGCAGUAUGGUCCAGCACAUAGGGCACCAGACUGGGAGUCUGGAAACUUGGGUUUUAAUAUCCACUGUAACAUACAGCCUACUUCCUGACGUCCUGCUAUGCCUCAGGCCAGGUCUACACUUAAAAAUUAGAUCGACAUAGCUACAUUGCUCAGGGCUGUGAAAAAUUUCACACUCUGUGCAAAGUAGUUAGCUGCAUCUUCUGUGGGGGUUAGGCUGAUCUCAGUCAACAGAAGAAUUCUUGCAUCUCGGAGAGAUGGAUUACCUAUCAUCACCUAUUAUCAAUGGAAACCCCUCCUCUGUCAAUAUAGCAAGUGUCUACACUACAAUGCUACAGCGGCAAAACUGCUGCAUUGUAACUGCCACAGUACCCAUGCUAGUAUAAAUGUGGCCUCAGUUUCCCUUUAGCAGAUUGGGGUCUUCCCCAUGUUUAUAGGGCGAGUUGGGAGCAUUGGCCCUCCAGCCAAACCAAAAGUCUUCUGAGGCAAACCAAAAGCUCCAGUAAACAAUGAAGUGUGCUAGCCCCCUUCUGGCCUCAGUAAUCCUUUUCCAGCUCUUUUCUUCUGGCAUGGAAGUCAGUUUGCUCCCUGUACAUAAGAAUGGCCAUACUAGGUCAGACCAAAGGUCCAUAGAAUCAUAGGACUGGAAGGGACCUUCAGCGGUCAUCUAGUCCAGUCCCCUGACCUCAUGGCAGGACUAAGUAUUAUCUAGACCAUUCCUGACAGGUGUUUAUCUAACCUGCUCUUAUAAAUCUCCAAUGAUGGAGAUUCAUUCCGUAGGCAAUUUAUUCCAGUGCUUACCUGGUCUUAUCCAUCUAGCCCAGUAUCCUGUCUUCUGACAGUGGCCAAUACCAGGUGCUCCAGAGGGAAUGAACAGAACAGGUGAUCAUCAAGUUGUGAUGAUUGAGGUACGGGGGAGCCUAAGACCUCCCUUUCCAAUCUGGGCACCAAACCUGUGAAGGUAUUGUUCUACUUCACUUUUUUCCCAUCUUCUUUCCUAGCCAAUUCUCAGGCCUCUUCAACUGAGCUCCUUGCAGGGUUCCAUUGCGGUCCCUCUCUGACUCUGCCAUUAUCCUAGCCCAUGACUGUGCAGCUGGCCCUUGGCAGAACUUCAUAGAUUUUAAGGACAAAAAGGGAUGUUAUGAUUAUCUACUCUGAUACAGAAUUAUCUAUUCUGUAUUGUGGCCACAGCACAGGCCAUAGAACCUUGUUAAGUAAUUUUUGCACCAAAGCCAUAACUUCUGUUUAACUUCUAGCAUAUCUUUCUCUAAUACGAGUCUUUAAAUAAUGACUUCAAUGUCGGAGAAUCCACCAAAGUAAGUUCUUUCAAGGGUUAAUUACUCUCACUUAAAAUAUACUUCUAAACUAAAUUUGUCUAGCUUCAAUUUCCAGCCAUUGGACCUUGUUAUGGCUUUUUUGCUAAAUUAAAGAGGAAAUCUAUUAAAGGAAAUCUAUUCCUGUCUUUCAGUAACGUGUUCUGUGGAUUCCCAGUCCUAUGACCAGGGAGGAAAUUAAACUGGUGACAGCCAAGGCUAACCUCUUCUUAAACAGCCUGCUGACCAUACGACACCAGCUAUGCCAGUGAUUUACAUGACUUUGGGCAAGUCACUUAAUGUUCCUCUGCCACAUUUUCCCCAUCUGUAAAAUAGGAUUAACAAUGUUUAUCCAUCUUUCUAAAGUGCUUAGAGAUAUAUGGAUGAACAUUCUUGCACUGUGUCUGUGGUACCUGAGCACGAUAUGGAUUCGUCAACACUGCAGCUGGGAGCAAGCUUCCCAGUGCAGGCAGACAGACUGAUGCUAGUAAGGCUUUUGCUGGUGUGCUAAAAAUAGCAACAUGGAUACUGCUGCUCAGGCAGAAACUUGGGCUUUCCAGCCCACACAGUCCCCUGGGGCCAAGCUCAGGUUGCUAGCCCGAGCCUCUGCCAGAGCUGCAACAUCCACUCUGUUGUUCUUAGCAUGCUAGCUCAAGUCUGUCUACCUGGUCUGGGAGGCUCACUCCCAGCUAUAGUGUAGAAAUACAUUUCCUGUUGCCAUCUGUGGAAGCAUUGGAGAAUUUUGGUGUUCACAGUUGUGUUUAACUGUGCAAUGUGCCUUUAAAACUGCUCUACUGCAUGUAUCAUGUUCUUAAGAAAAAGGGGAAAGUUUUUCAUACACUGCUGUUCACUGCCUUUUGCUUAUUAACAGGCAUAAAUCAAUUUAUUUGCCUAAAUAGUGUCUUAACAAUUCAUUUUUCCUUACAUUCAUGCCACACCGUCUGCAUCUAUUAAAAAAUUGUGAAAAGCGAAAGCUGAGUUUUGCUAAUACUAAGGAAAUGGUACAUGUUAAAAUAUCAUUUUCUCACCAUGUGUUUAAAAUUCAAAUACUCUGGUUUAGCAAAUUCUGUGGACUCUGCUCAGAUUAUUAAAACCAUACCUGCUUUGGGGUAGGAAGAGGUGCAUGCCUUGUCUAGGGGCUUAUAGCCUUUUGGAGGGUAGGAGCAUGCAUAUUUCUUUGAUACAUGUGGGAAGGACCACACUCGCCGUACACUGUUCAGAAUAGUCCUCCUGCUGCAACCCAUUUUGUAUGUAGGGGAAGGAGUAUGGCCAUGCACCCAUUCCUAAAUCUAUCCUCUGUUAUUUCAGUCAAGCUUCCCCUUGCAUAAGAGGCCUCAUUCUGGCUGCUCUGUCUCACUGUCAAGGUUCUGCCUAGCCUCCAUCACUUUAGUAUCUGAGGGCCAGAUUUUUAAAGGUAUUUAGGCUCCUAUCUGCAUUUUUAGGGACCUGAGACAUUUAAUAAUAUGGCCCUCUGUGCCUCCUAGGAGGUACUUGCUGCUUUUGCAAGAACGCUACAGGGAUAUGGGUAUCCUUGUCCCACCCAAUGCACCCAUGCUGCAGAGGGCAUGAUUUGACUCUCAUAUACAUUCCUCUUAAUAUUUUUUAGUGGCUAACUCUGCUUUGUUAUGAGAGGGAAAAUCUUCUCAUUUCUUCCUAACCAUAUGAAGAAAAUGUUUUCAGUGAUAUAGGGUUAGUUUUAUUCCUCAGUAUUUUGAUGUGUACACAAUAUUUACCUUAGGCUCUAUUUCCAUUAGUAGAUUUAUAUAUUCUAAAGCGAGAAGGGACCAUUGUGAUCAUCUCGUCUGACCUCCUGUAUAACACAGGCCAUAGAACUUCUUCCUAAAAAUAAUUCCUUGAGCCUAUCUUUUAGGAGAACAUCCAAUUUUGAUUUCAGAAAUGUCAGUGACGGAGAGAACCUACCACAACACUUGGUAAAUUGUUCCAGUGGUAAAUUAGUUUAAAAGUUAUGCCUUAUUUCCAGUCUGAAUUUGUCUAGAUUAAACUUCUAGCUAUUGGAUCAUUUCAUACUUUUCUCUGAAACAUUUAAUUUUGCCAUUUAAAGUAAAGUAGUUUGAGUAUAAAGGGACUGCUGUAUUUACUGCUUGUAUCAAACAGAUUUUCUUUUCUCAUACUCUGCUGAUUAUCCUAUAUGUAAAGGAACAAUAAGUCCAAUGAUAUUUACUCGAAUGGUUUUCAGCCCAUUUUCCCCAUCAGACUUCAAAUUCUGUCCUUGGAUGCGUCUGUGGGAUUCUUAUUGACUAUAUCUGAGAGAAGCAGAUGAGUUACUUUCACCCUAAAUAAAAUUAUUCUUUUGUUGCAAUAAGUUAUUACAUUAGCUGUUUCUUAAAAUACAGAUUAUUAUAUAGAUCAUAUACACCAUGUAUACUGUAUGGAGAAUAUCUGCAUGAUAAAUUGCAGAGCUAGGUGAUACAGACUUUAUAGCUUUGACAACUUUUCCUGUGCUCUGUCUACUAAUCCAUCUCCUGUGGAUUUAUUUUAACAUUUUAAACUUGGAGAUUUUUUAAACUGUUACUGUCUUUUAAAAAUCAGCCUGCAUGAUCAAUAUUUCUAAUGGGCAAUAUUCAGUCCAUCGUCAGUUACAGAUGUCUGAUAUCUCAUGGCACAGGAGACUGAGUUAUGGAAUUUUAUUCUUCUGGAAAGGGGAUAUUCUCAGUAGGAUGCAUAGCACUUGAUACUAGCCCUGCAAGGAGUCAAGAUAACUGAUUUUAUAGUCUGACAUUUUUUGUACAUGAAAAAAGUACUUUGGGUAAUAUUUAGAGGGUGGGUUUUUUUGUUUUUCAAGCUAUAACUUUCUUCUCCCUCCUGAGCCCUGUAUCGUAGGACUCCUGGUAAAUCAAGGUAUAAACUUGCUGCCAUUGAAGGCCAUGCCAAAAGUCUGCCUCCACUGGGCAUAUAACUGGGUGACUAAAGCAGCCUGGAGAAAGUCCCAAUAAGUGUUUAAGAUGCUCUUGAAUAUUCGUAAUCUAGUUCUUCUGUAACAUGUGGCACAUGGAGUGUAUGUAUGGGAGGGAGAAGGCUAAUAAAGGUUUUAUUAACACUGGUUUAAGUUGACCUGCGUAAGUCAUUUGUGGUCUCAUAACUUGUGAGUAAUACAGCUAUCAAAAAUGCAGGCCUGUGAAAGUGCCCCAUUUUCUCUUUUCUCUCUUGUAGGCCUGUGAUGUAUAGAGUAGCUGCAGAAUGGAACCCUAUGAUAUUAUAUGAGUGGGAAAUAUCAAUCCAAAUUUCUGUUUGCUAAUACCUCCAACCAUUCUCUCCUCGCCAUUUCUUUAUGAACUGUAACAAGGUAUGAGUGGAAUGAGAGACUGAUUUCUAGUCCUCACAAAAGGUUUUAUGCUGUUGUAGUUGCAGAACAUCACAAUCUCAUUCUCUUCAGUCAGUCAAAAGAUGGAUUCAUAAAGCCUAAAAUCUGUGUAAUGUAAAUCUAGGAGGAGACUUUUUGUAAAUGAUCAUUCACUGUAAUCUGCUCAAAGCCUCAUUCAGCCUGAGAAGGAGCUCUGUGAAACUCAAAGGCUUGUGUCUCUCACUAACAGAAAUUGGUCCAAUAAAAGAUAUUACCU